AUGUUGCCCCAUCAGAGUGACAGAGGCGUACAGUCUGCCGAAGUCUCAGUAAUAACUUGCACCGGUGAUAUAAGCGAAGUAAGCAACCUAACAACCGAGAAUGAUUAUGGAGCCGAGAUUCCUGUCGCCAAAAUAGAUAUAAUAUCACCUAUUGAUAAUUCGUCGCUUGCGGAGCUUGAGAAUUUUAUUGACGAUUCAUUUUGUAAUAUUAUGAACUCCCGACACAGUGAAGUAACGAAGGGUACUGUGGAAGUAUUUGUAAAUUCUACCCCCUUUAAACAACGCGAGAGCGACAGCGCCACUAUAAAAAAUGCAUUAUUUGACAAUUUUAAAGAGAAGGUUGAAUAUGAAAUAUCAAAUUUAUUGGCUAAACUCACCGAGCAAGACGAACUAUCAACAUAA